AUGCGAGGUUUGGUGGGCUUAGUGACAGGCGCCGCUUCGGGCCUUGGCCGGGCCACGGCGGAAAGAUUCGUACGCCAGGGCGGCAAAGUGGUUGUCUGCGACUUGUCCUCGUCGAAAGGCGGUGAAGUGGCGUCCCAGCUGGGCACCAACGCUCUGUUUGCCCCCUGCGACGUCACCUCGACUGCGGAAGUUGAAGCGGCGCUCAAGAAGACUACCGAUGAAUUUGGACGACUGGAUGCUGUCAUCAACUGCGCUGGUCGUGAUCAUGUCAUGCAGAUCGUGUUGAGUCGUUUAUUCGCGCAAUCGUUGGGCAGCACUUUGCCUCGACAUUUCAUCAAGUGCCGCCGUGUUCCUAAUGUGUUGCCUGUAAUUUUGAGUCGGCGUGAAAUCGUCAGAGGGAACAAUCCAUGCGAAAUGGAUGUCGAAAAAGUUGAACGUCAAAAAAGGGAAUUCGAAUUGCUGAAAUUGAAAGACCGACGCAAGAAAUAUUCCUGUGGUGAUGGGUUCGUCUGCCUAGAGCAGAUUCAAACCUGGAAAGAAUACUUCCAGAACCGUCGUGAU